UUUCCGCGUGAAAUCGCAGCUUAUCAACCGAGACCGUGCCGACAGUGCCGAUUGAGGAUCGAGUUUUUCUAUCUUCCCCUCUCCUUUAGAUUCUGAAGAGGAGGAGUAGCAAGUAGCAACAGCAGGAAUCAGAACGCGACACACGGGCCACAUGUUUCUGUCUGAAAACGAGGUUGUUGAUUCAAGAAUAAAUAAAAAUGGUUGAGGAAGUGGCGACAAAUGCAAAGAUGACAGAAGAGAAAAAGGUAACAUCACGAAAAACGAAUAACCGCACUAAUCGAGAGACCGAUUUGAAACAAUCAAAAAUGGUAACCUGCAAAAGGCGAGCGGCGACGAGUGACAGUCAAAUGGAGGUAGAUACCGUGAGUGGUAUAGAAGGAAAGGUUUCAUCAAAACCUCUGGCGAAACGAUCGAAAACUGUCCAAGGUGGUGAACAGCGAAAGAUUUCAGUGCCAGCCCACAGAUACUCGCCCCUCAAAGAGAACUGGAUGAAAAUAUUCACUCCGGUCGUGGAACACUUACAAUUGCAGAUUCGUUUCAAUCUAAAAUCGAGACAAGUGGAGAUCCGCACAGCUCCAGAAACUCCUGACAUUUCUAAUUUGCAGAAAGGAGCAGAUUUUGUCAAAGCAUUUAUUCUUGGUUUCGAAGUGGAGGAUGCUCUGGCGCUAUUGAGACUGGACGAUCUAUUCGUUGAGACGUUCCAAGCUGAAGAUGUAAAGCCGCUCAAGGGAGAUCAUCUUUCACGUGCAAUAGGAAGAUUAGCAGGAAAAGGGGGAAGAACGAAAUUCACGAUCGAGAACGUGACGAAAACUCGUAUAGUUUUGGCUGACACGAAAAUUCACAUACUCGGCUCGUAUCAAAAUAUUCAACUGGCUAGAAGAGCCAUUUGUAACUUAAUUAUGGGCAGUCCUCCAUCCAAAGUUUAUGGUCAACUCAGAAACGUUGCUUCUCGCGUUGCCGAACGUUUCUGAAUCCUUGUCGCCUUUCCUCCCCCCCCCCCCUUGCCGCCUUAAUAUAAGUCAAGUGAGAUAUUGCCAAUGUAGCAAUGCGUCUACGUUUUGAGAAUAAAAUAUUUAAAGUAUGGAAAAAAAAUGGUACGAUAA